ACCCUCAUGUGGGAACAAUCUGGGAUGGAUUUGGAAUGUUUGUUGUCGGAUUUUACUACUUUCACUACAGCUCCUGAACAUUUCUUGAGUGCAAAUGCUGAGUUGGUGAAGUCUUUUACUAAAUUGACAAAGACUUUGUAUGACAAUACUAAAGAUCUAGAACCAAACUCACUGUCAAGGCUUAUUAUUGAGAACUUUGAUGAUGAGCAAAUUUGGCAGGAAAUUGAACUACAGAAUGAACCAGUAAUUUUGGAUAUGGUCGCAAAUGUUGCUAAAGUGUUUGCAGCUAAAGAUAAUCUCACGUUGCUAACGACAAGUGAUUCAGAAGAAGAUGAACUUAGAGAUUCAGAAGGUGAAGAACAUAGUGAUGUUGUUAAGGCUGAAUAUGAUGGCAGUCAAGAUUUAUUUCCUGAACUAAAUGAGAAACAUUUUAAGAUGGAAAGUUCAGAGGAGUCGGACUCUGAUUUUGAUGACUCAGACUUUGAAAUUACUGAACCUAAAGUAAAGACAAAACACAAACCUCAAGGGAGUAACAUUAAAAGAACAGAGCCAUCUGUUGUUGAUGAUUAUUUUUUUAAUUUGGCCGAUAUGGAGAAUUUUUUAGUCAUGGAGGAUGCAAAGGAAGAAAGGAAACGAAAGAAAGAAGAACAACAUGAUGAUGAAAGUGAGGAUGAUGACGAGAUUGAUAUGUUUGAUGAUAUUCCAUCCACAGAUGAAGAGGAUGAUGCUGAUGAGGGUGAAAAACAUUCUAGAGAUUUGAAGUAUCAGGAUUUCUUUGAUGAGCCAGGUGAUGUAAAAAGCACAUCUGAAAAGAAGAAAAAAGUGAAAUUUGAUGUUGCGAUACAAGAGAAUAUGCAUGAAGUUGAUGAAGAAGAUUUCAGUGAUGUUAAAGAUAGUGAUAGUGGUAAUGAAAUUGAAGAAAAAAAUCAACCAGAAAGUAGUGAUGGAGAAGACAUCAGAGAUAUUCGUGGAGGACAUGAAUUUAAACCAAGGUCAACUUAUGAGAAAAGACAAGUUAAGCUCAAAGAGAAUAUUAACAAACUUGAAAACGCCAACGUUGGUGAUAAACCAUGGCAACUAACUGGUGAAAUAAGUUCUACAAAGCGUCCAGAUAACAGUCUGUUGGAGGAACAUCUUGAGUUUGACCACACAACCCGACCUGCCCCCAUCAUCACAGAGGAGACAACUCUAACUCUGGAACAGCUGAUAAAACAGAGGAUAAAAGAUGAGGCAUGGGAUGAUGUUGAGAGGAAAGUAAAACCAAAAGAGGAAGCUUUUGAAUAUCGGAAGAGGAUAACUCUAGAUCAAGAAAAAAGUAAACAAAGUUUGGGUGAAAUUUAUGAGCAAGAGUACCUGAAACAGAAUCAGCAAACAGCAGAGGAAGAGAAUAAAGAGCAUGCUGACAUCAACAAAAUGAUGAAUUGUCUAUUUCUUAAGUUAGAUGCUUUGUCAAACUUCCAAUAUACACCAAAACCAGCCAUCCCUGAGAUCAAGAUUGUAUCCAAUAUACCGUCUAUAUCCAUGGAGGAAGUGGCACCAAUUACUGUCAGUGAAGCUGAUCUACUGGCACCUGAAGAAAUACAGGAAAAGACUAAGGUGGGAGAAAUCAAAGGUGAUACAGAGAAGACAUGCACUGACAAAAAAAGAGAAAGAAGACAAAAGAAGGCGGCACAGCAUAUACGCCAAGAGGAGAGAAAACAGCGUAACAAAAUGGUUGAUAAGAAAAAUCCUGGAAUCGGUAAUAAAUACAGCAAGAAGGCAGCAUUACAGAAGUUAGAAAAACAAAGCAAAGCUGACGGCAAAACUACCAUUAUUAAAGAUGAUGGUAACAUUGACAAGAAUGCUUACUCUUCUUCCAAAUCAUUCUUCACCAAGCUCCAAGAUGAAGUCAGUUCAGAAAUAAAAGUGAUCAAAGCAAAGAAAAAAAAGAAAGAAAAACUUGCAGUGACUUCUUCAAAAUUGAAACUUUAGAAAUAGUGUAAGAAUUGUUCAUGGCCAAUAAUGAGGAUUGCCAUUUAUUACAUUGAUUAAUGUAAAAAGUAAAUUUCUAAUAAUUAGUUCAUAAUGUAUAGAAUUAUUUGGAAAAUGAAUGAAUAAAAUGUUAUUAGUCAAUAUAUGUAUUGUUGACAAACAUGAA